AUGGACGUCAAGAAGCGCGGGCUGCUGAGCGGCGUGUACGCCGGCGUGGGCGUCCUGUUCGCGGCCUCGGCCAGGUUCGACUGGCUGUCCAAGGGCGCGGCCGCCGCCUUCCUCUCGCUCGUCUGGCUGGGCUUCGUGCUGGCCAUCUCGUGCACCGAGUCGUGGGUCAAGUUCCGCGCGCCCUUCAUGCCGCGCCACCUGGCGCUGGACCUGGGGCGCACCAUGUUCGCGGCGCUCAACUCGGUGGAGAUCGGACUCUGCGUGGGGCUCUGGGUGCUGCACUACGCGGUGCCGUCCGAGGCCAGCGACGCCUUCUGGCGCCUCAUCGUCGCCACCUUCCUGCUGGCCGUGCAGGCCGCGUGGCUCUACCCCAAGCUCGAGCUCACGGCCGAGUUCGCGCUCUACGAGGAGCUCAAGGAGCUGGACGACGAGAAGCUCUCGUUCAACCAGAAGAUGCAGUUCGGCGAGAUGCGCCACAAGGUGCAGAUCCAGGACAAGCCCGCCAAGAUCUACCACAUCCUGUACGUGGGCGGCGAGCUCGUCAAGAUCCUGACGCUCGCCAGCUUCGCGCUGCACUUCCUCAAGGCCAUCCCGGCGUGA